UGUACAUUUUUAAAGAAUAUUAUAAGAAUAAUGUAACACUCACUAAUGAAUCAAAGUGACAGUAUAGUGUGACUUGAAAUUUUAUUGGUAAUAUCCAAAACUCACCAAUUGAUAAAUCAGAAAAAAAACUUUGUGUUUGUUUACAGGAACUCGAAUUUGUAUAGGUUAUGUUGUACAGUGUAAAUAGGUAUUAAUAGGUCGUGAAAUGACUACAUAUAAGAUCUGUAAAAGUUUUUCUGAAUUCAAGGAAGAUCUGAAAAAACAUGAAAAAAAUACCACUUUAAAAUAUGUUGUUGUUAGGUCAGAGAAAAAAUUCAGUAUUCCUGAAGUGAUAAUUCAUGAUAAGAAAAAAGUAUACUGGCAUGAUGACACACCUUACUUGAAAGUCGGUAUAAGAAUUUAUGCUUGUCACCGAGGAAAGGACACAAACUUGUAUCAGAAGAAGAAGUACGCUGAGGACAGAGAUAAUAAGGCCUUGAAUGACCACACAUUUACAAAACGUUACAAUCAAUUGAAACCAUCAAAGAAACUGGACUGUCCAGCCUCCUUCACUGUAACCAGAGUAUUAAGAAUUUUAGACCAAAAGGUGAGGGCCUCUAGUGUGACAAAGCAAGUGAAAAAUAGAAUUUCAAAAGUCAUAAAACAGAAGAUUUCAGAUCAUGAACUUGUUGGGGAAGACUGUUUUAUCUACAAUUUACCCAAACAGGAGGAUCACAAGUUCCAUCAGAUUGGAACAGCUGGACCCACUGUCCAAAGUGGCAGAACACAAAAUAUAUCAAGUUUAAUUGAGAGGGGUAAAAAUAAUGAAAUGGUUACUUCAAAAUCACCAGAUACGUUUGUAGACACAGAGUUGCCAGGAGCUGAAGAAAAUACCAAUAUUUAUUGUUAUGACAACUCCAUGAUUGGAGAUGUGGCAGCAACCGUUGAAGUUGUUGCUGGAACUUUGGAAGAGGAAGGAAUUCGAUCAGAAAGUGAAGGAUACGAACAAUUAAAGCCAAGAGAGUGCAAUAGACAAGUCCUAAUAGAUCAGUGCAGUGCUAGCUUGAGAACUUUACAGAAUAUAUUUUUGUGUUUGGAUGAACAGAAUGUGGCUAAUCUUGCAACAGCAUUAAAAGAAAUUGUCAAUGAGUUUUCUGUCAAAGUUGCUAGUGAUAAUAGGCCUAGUCUUCCUUUAGAAGUAUCCUGUGAACAUAUUCAAAUCAGAACUGAAAACUAAAGAACAAAAUAGAAGGGUUAGCUUUGAAGCUGAAAGAUGCCUGAAUUGUUAUCAUCUAACAUGAAAAUGAAGAGAAGGUUGGGUAAAGGUGGGGAAACAGUUUUUAAUACUUUGUAUAUACUUGUAAGAUAUUAUAGUGUACAGUUUUUAA